AUGUGGAUGUACAUAAGGUGUCGUGGUACAGCGGAUGCGGGAUCGCUUUCGCAUGUGCCAAACCUGCACAGAGAUCACGUUGCCAUUUGUGCAGGUGAUACCCACUACUGCGUGAUGCUGCCGCUAUGCACGGUCAAAGUAACGUCAUUAAAGUCUUUCAACGAUAGGGAUUUUUCUUUGCGACCCACACGCGUGCAUGGAAACAAAGCUGCCAAAUUCACUACCCAUCGCGCUCACCGCGUAUCCUUGAUCGACGACGUAAGGAACUUCGACUGGUACAAACUGAGACAGAUCGCGGCGCUACUUUCAGCUGCCUUUUACGAGGACGAGGAGCUCGGGAUCCCUGGUGCGGCAACCCGUCCUUCUGCCGCCGCCGCCAACGCCACCGUCACAGCCUGUCGUGGUGGUGAUGAUGGCGGUGAUGGAAAUGGUGUAGAUGACAGGCUUUGCGUUCAUGGUGGCAAUGGCGGAGGGCGAUCUACCACCAGCCUCUUUACGGCGGAGGUCCUCUUCGGUUGGGCGUCGUUGUUUGCCGUACUAUUGCAGCACGUGAUGUACGGCAAAAGACACUUGACGGUGCUGGCUAGCAUUGAUGAGGAGGUCGUUGGCUGCUGUGGCCUGACCUUGGAGACAGCGCCUGCUGAUGUGGUUGCCGCCACCGGUGCCACCCAAGGGUCGCAGUACGGCCUCUUAACGGGACUGGCAGUUGCGCCCGCCUACCGCCGCCGUGGCGUGGCUUCAGAGCUGCUGGCGGCGGCCGCUGCGGCCGCCACAGCAAGGCUUCCCGCGCCGGCUCUGCUGACGCUGCUGGUGGCACGAACCAACAAACCCGCAUUGAGGCUAUACGAGCGACAGGGAUACCAGGAGGCCGCGAGUUGGGUGGACGCCCGCUGGCAGGCGGAGGCGGAGCGGGGAAGGGUGGGCAAGCCGCGGCGGCUGCUGCUGGUGAAGCGGCUGCAGGCGUGA